ACCAAAAUGAAAAAUCAACUCAAGGACAUGUCACACGGUCUGCUGCCGGCUACCAGUCGGUUACCUAAGAUUGUCCGGUCGAUCGGCUUGCCUCUUGCUUGUAUUUGAGCUAAUGGUGCAACGCUUACUUCAAGUUCCAUAACAUAUUGUUUCUGAGACUGGUUCCCCUACUCUGAGCUAGGCAACAAGCCCAGUCUGAGUCGAAAUGGAAGGAGAAGAAGCAAAGGAGCUCACCUGGUGCAGAGAAACGGUGCCUAAGGUUCUCAGAAUCGUAAGCACGAGAUUGCCUCAGAGGGAACUUGUUUCUCUUUUGCUGGUCAGCCCAUGGAUUUACCGCACUUUGGUCUCCUACCCGUCUCUUUGGCUGACUAUUGAUUUUCAAGAGAGGAGUAAUGCUGGCAGUUGCCUUAUUGUUGCUCUUUCCCUGCCGAGAUAUCAGCAUGUGAAGCAGAUAAACCUUGAAUUUGCACAAGAUAUGGAAGAGAAAAAUCUUGAACUGAUUAAGAGCAAGUGUUCAGAUACUAUUCAAAAUCUGGAGUCUUUAAAUCUUAAUGGCUGCCAGAAGAUUUCUGAUAAGGGAAUUGAAGUUAUAACAAGUGCAUGUCCUAAACUAAAGGUCUUCUCUAUUUAUUGGAAUGUCAGGGCGACAGACGGUGGUAUAAGAAGUUUGGUGAAAAACUGCAAACAUGUCGUUGAUCUAAACUUAAGUGGCUGUAAGAAUAUUUCAGACAAAAGUUUACAAUUAGUUGCUGAACAUUAUCCAGAAUUAGAAUUUCUGAAUUUGACCAGGUGUGUCAAGUUGACGGAUCCGGGCUUGCGGCAAAUACUGCGGAGUUGCUCUACUCUCCAAAGUCUCAAUCUUUAUGCCCUCUCUAGUCUCUCAGAUGAUACUUACAAGAGCAUAUCACUUCUGUCCCAUCUCAAAUUUUUGGAUCUAUGUGGUGCACAGAAUCUCUCAGAUGAAGGACUGUUCUCCAUAGCCAAGUGUCAUAGCCUUGUCUCUCUCAAUUUGACUUGGUGUAUACGUGUCACUGAUGCAGGGGUCAUAGCCAUUGCAGAGGGUUGCAACUCACUUAAUUUUCUGAGCUUAUUUGGAAUAGUGGGAGUUAGUGACAAGUGCCUGGAGGCCCUAUCAAGGUCUUGCUCUGAUAAACUUACGACACUGGAUGUGAAUGGGUGUAUUGGGAUUAAGAAGCGACGCCGUACCGAUUUGCUUCAGUUGUUCCCACACCUGAAGUGCUUCAAAGUACACAGCUAACAUCCCGAGGCGUUGGAGUUUUUCUAAGCCAUGGUUAUCAAAUUUACUUGGUCAUCAUUUCUAUAGACUUGCCCAUUUUCAUAAAAACAAAAGAAGAUUGUGUUUUUUUUUUGUUAAUGCUAUAUACACUAUGUUAACUUAUCAAUACUGAAUUUGUAGGAUCUUAUUUAUAUAAGUUUAUGCC